GCCAAGUCCCUGGACCGCCAAACCCAGUCCCUCCCCCUCCCCCUCCUCCACACCAUUUGGGUGGGUAUCCCCCCGCCUUCCAGGGUAUGGGUGUACCGCCAGCGGCUGCGCCGCUUCAACAUCCUUCCGCACCCCCCUUGGCACAACCUUCCCACGACACGCAUUCGGAGCAAGGACCGGAGGAACAAGCACCAGUAGCUGACGCUGAGGAAAGCGCUGUCAAGCGCGGAAAGCGCAAGGCGGUGGACUUGGAUGACGAUGAUGCUCCCCCACGAAAAAAGCAAACGCUUGUUGACCACCCCGAUUUCGAACUGGUCGAAAACAACGGCGAGGUCCGUUACAAGUGCUGCCUGUCGCAGUGCGAAAACGUACCUGCAGUGCCACGCGCUGGCAUACAAGAUCAUAUCAAAUCGAAGAAGCACCCGCAGGUCAGGUCUCGGUCCCCAUCCCUAGAAUAUUACGAGGCUGUAAACGACGGGGACUUUUUGAAUAUAGGCGAAUCUUAUUCCAACAACCAGCAAGAGACUUACGGGAUAUCUCAAGGAACUUGCGAAGACACUACCGAUUUGACUUCGAGCGAGUCGUUGGAAACGUCCGACAACAGUCUCGACGAGACUACGAAUUCAGGUUGGGACGAGGGGUUCAACGAUUUUUUCGACAUUGAAGCAGCUUGCGAACCAGUUUCUGGUGAGCAGAUUGAAGAGUCGGUCAACAAUCCUGAAGAAACUAUCAAUUCGGCUUCGGACGAGCGGUUGGACGAGUUUGCCAACAGUCUCGAGAAGAAUUUCGAAGAAACUGUCGAUUCGGCUUCGGACAAGCAGUUGGAAGAGUCUACCGACAGCCCAGAAAAGAGUGGUGUUCACCCAAUGGACAAUAUGACGUCGGAAGAGUUGCUCGAAUAUUGUAUCAACCAUCUUGAUGAAACUUACAACUUCACUUAGGCUCCGGGUGAGUCGUUGGAUGAUAUAUAUGUUACAUUAUUUGUUUUCUUUCUAGGUAUUUUGAAUCGUUGCAGCUUUACCCUUACUAUAUAUUAUGAUUAUGACAUACUGUACCUAUGAUGCAUGCUAACUACAA